CAGUUAAGGGUUAUAGGCUCCCGGUCCACAAGAAAUGGAACAUUGGCUUGUGUAAGGAUAAAAUCUUACCCAUAUCCAGAUCGUAAAUUAGUCACCAAAAUUGUACUACCUAUGGACUCUUACAAGGCUUGCCUUUCGACUAUGGGAUUUUUUUUGCCCUGGACUGGCUCAGAAGUAUCGGGUCCCAAGAACAGGCUAUUGAGACUGCUUCAUCCUGAAACACAAUCUAACAACAGUAUAAACAACCUUCUAAAUCACUUGGACGACAUGGCCUUCCACUUGAUUCCUAAGAGUAGACCCUCUGUCAAGAGUUUUCUACCUCUUAUGAGAUGUCACAGAAUGGCAUCUAAACUUAAACACCACCACCACCAUCUAAAUGACAAUUUCUUCUCUAAUACCAGUCUACUCCUUAAAAUGGAUACCUGGGAGCCUGUAGUAAGGCAUGAAAACCAUGUUGACCCACUUUAUUCAAAGCAGAGUGGAGAGCUUACCCCUCAUCCACUUCCAUCCCUUCAUCUGCUAAAUACGGCACAACCUUUUCAGAUUCCCGCACACUACCCCAUGUCUCUUGCAGGAAAAGGGAGCUUCUCCGGGGAAAGCCUGAAUCCAGUAUUGGCCCUGUCCUCUCCGGCUCCUUUCAGAAUGUUGUUACCUCACAUCCACCCCUCUUUUUCCUUUACAUCCUCAUCAUCUUUGGUCAAUACUGUGAAGAACCAGAUUAUAGCUCAGACCAUGUUUUCUCCUCUUCAGCCAUUGUCUGAUUAUUCCAGCCCUGUGGGUCUGGAUAAUGAUCACAGCUAUGCUCAACAAUUCAGUCAAGAUUCUCCUCCAAGGAAGAAAGCAUUUUCAGUGCGGAAAUCUGGCUCAUCUUCAUCACCACGUCGACUCUUAAAGACCCUCAGCCCUGAGAGAAGGGCAGACGCUACUACACGAUAUAGCCCUAGUGUCAAGGCUGUACAGUUGGAGGUUUCCCCUGCUGAAACCGUGCCCCCUUUUUGCAUUGCUGGAACAAAUGUUAAGGACCCUGAACUGCACAAUCGGGAAUCCUCUAGAGAAGCCAGUCAGAUCGGGCUUCGUGAGUCCAGCUCUUCUUCACAACCAGCACAGAGGUCUAAAAGGGUUUCUCAGAUUCGCAUCCGUAAGACGAUGCCCAAACAGGACAAAAACCUCACCCCGAUGGGGCUCCCCAAACCAAAGAGAUUAAAGAAGAAGGAGUUCAGUCUAGAGGAGAUUUACACCAACAAGAAUUACAAGUCUCCAACUCCAAACAGAAGCUUGGAGACAAUAUUCGAAGAGCCAAAAGAGAAGAACGGUACACUAGUUUGCAUCGGCAAUCAGAAACGAAAGCGGGUGUUAGAUUUCCCAGAUUUUACCUUGCCUCGGAAACGCAAAACCAAGACCAACUUGAGUUCUCUUCGAUCACAGGGAUCCCGUCGAGGCAAAAAUAAAGACGCGGAACUGAACGUCAUGCUAAUUCAGAGACUUAGUGAACUGGAAGACUAUUUCUCUAGUCAAGGACUGGAGGACUAGUCAAACUUUACAUUACGAUCAACACAAUUCACAACUUUUUUUUUUUCCUACUCAUCCUUUUCAGCUUAAAUCCUUAAUGGCACUUUGGUACGUGUCUCUUGAGGGGAAGAUCCUGAAAGGUUUCAUGUAAGACCAUACACCAGAGAGAUUCUUUUUCACAGAGACAUUGUAGAAGUAGAAGGCAGUUUAGGAAGGUAAGAAAUUUUACAGUUUGAAAAACCCAUUGAGGAGCCUUGAUAACAGGUUUGAUCAGUCUGGUGAGGAAAGAAACAUUUUAAGUGAAAUCAAUCAAGAGCAAAUCUCUGCUUUGGUAAUUUUGCUGCCUUCUGUGUUUUAUGAACAAGUGAAAUGUCGCCUCUUUCCGCUUUGAAUGACUGUAAAUUGUUUUAUUUGCUUAACUCAUUUGUGGUGUGAAACAUAAAGUGUAAGCUGCUAAGAUCCAAAUAAAUCUACUACCAAUAAUAAGAA